GGAAAAUCGACACAACAUUAUUUUGAUUUAUUUAACAGCAAAGGCUGCAUUUCUUCCUUGAACACGAUAGGAACAUGUUCAAAAUCCAUCCAUGAUCAAUAUUCAAUUGCCGUUAACAUCUCGGUCAAUUUAUUUGUACCUAUUAUUAAAAACUGUGUAAUUGUUCAGUGUCGUGUUUCCGAAAUUGUUAUUAUUGUCAUUUCUCUGCUAUAAGAUUGUUUUACAUCUCUUGUAUCACCAUUGUUUUAGAACAAUGAUACUGUCAUUCGAAGGAACCACAAGAACUCAGUCAUUUGGAGACAGUGAAGAGUAAUGUACGUUUGGACAUUUUUACUCCUAGCUCUGUCAGUUAUUGAGGUAUCAGCAUAUAAUUUUACAAUACGGUUUCCAAUGUGGUGUACAUUCAGUUUUAAUAAGUGCACUUUCAAUUUUAAUCUCAAUUUUGACUUCUCCUGACUUUUCUCCUAUUAAACCCGAGCUUCCUGAAGCAGAUUUCAGUAUGGACGAGUUUCCAUUAUACAAAUCAUUAGGAAUAUCAAUAGGGAAGAGACCUGGCAGAACGCUUGAAGAUGUACAUUUAGAAAAGGAGUUUAAAGAACUCUACCAGGAUAUGAUGAAAGGAAGCGAAGAAGUUGAUAAAACUGAAGAUUUAGAUGCGUAUGUUUCGCAUACUGAUCUAACAAGGCUUAAAAGUGCCUCAGAUCGCCGGCGUUCUGUUAUGCGCUCGCCAGCUAUAAAAAGACGAGCGCGCUCGCAAACUAUUCGACGACAAAAACUUAAUAGCCAGAGCCUGAGGAGUCAUUUACAACAUUCCAGGCAAUCUGAUUUUGAAGAAUAAUCAUUAUAGAGUAUAAGAAUAUUGGAUAUUAAAACUUUCGUAUGUA